AUGCGCAGCUUCCUAGCAGCAGUCGCGUUGAUGCAGGCAUCGGGUGCUUUUGCCUUCACGUCGCUUCGAGGCAACCUGCAGACAAACCAGAUCACUCUCACGGCUGCCGAUGUGCAGGGCAGGAAGGCCAGGGUCGCCAAUGCCGGUGCCGAGUCUUCGUCGCUUCCUGGAAGCGUGUUUGCCUGGGCGGCUUGCGGAGUGCUGGGAGCAGCAGCAGCUCAUCGCUUCAACCGCAGGGAGCGCAGCCGGGCCUCUGCGAGCCCAGUUGCUUGCCGAGCGAACCCUGUUGCCACGUGCGAGACUUCCAUGGGAACGUUCAAGGUAGAGCUGUACAUGGACCAAAUGCCUCUAACUGCCUCAAAUUGGAUUGAUUUGGCGAAGACCGGAUUCUAUGACGGAAUCCACUUCCACCGAGUCAUUCCCAACUUUAUGUGCCAGUUCGGCUGCCCGAACGCGAAGGAUCCUCGAAGCCCUAGGGCUGGCACCGGCGGCCCGCCAGAUGGAAGCUUUGAGGUCCUGGAUGGUUCCGGCCGAGAGGCUCGCCGCUCAAACGGAGGCUGCCCCCAUGGCCUGCUUGAGGGCUUCGCCGUUUUGGAGCUGUUGCCGACAGGGAACAUCGAGGAUGAAUUUACUGCCAAGCUUGGCAACGAGCCGGGCACACUGCCACUUGGAGCCAGGAAGGGCGGACUGCGCAGUUCAAACGACAAGGCAUGCCUCACACCGAGGUCCAUGGCCAACACAGGGCGCCCCAACUCCGGCGGUUCCCAAUUCUUCAUCAACGUGAACAACAACAGCUUCUUGAACUGGUUCGACCGAUCUUCGCCAUCGGCACAUCCGGUGUUUGGCAAGGUUGUUGAGGGGUACGACCUCAUCGAAAAAAUCUCCCAGGUGCGGACGACAAACGACUGCCCGAAUGACCCGGUCCAGAUGAUCAAGAUCACCGUUGAGGGAUGCCAGGGCGUUCUCCAGCUCUCCUUGUGGUGCCAGGCGGACGGCCUGCUGCCUCUUGCAGUUUGCAGAGCAGUGACGCGAGUCAUCUGGUCUGCUGCCAGAGCACAGGAUGAGCUCAGCUCAGCUAUAGCUCUGCUACAGCUUUGCUUCUCUAUCAAAACAGGGAGACCUCCCAGCGCUGCCAUGGAGGAUCUACAAGCCGGUGUUCGUAAGGCCAAGAGCCUGCAGAUGGACCCCCAGCCACUGAGAGCAGCCGCCGGGCGGCUGAAGUCACAGGUUGACUCCGGACGUCUUCCAGGCGUCAUGACUUGCGCGGUGAAGGAGGGUACUGUCAUCCACUUCGAGGCCCACGGUUUUUCAGACCUGGCCGGCCAAGUGGCCAUGAACUCUCAGACGCUGUUCCGGCUCUACUCCCAGACGAAGCCAGUGCUGGUGAUAGGCUUCCUGAUCCUCUUCGAGCGCGGUGAAGUCCUUCUCGAUGAUCCGGUUGAGAAGUAUUUGCCGGAGUUCAAAGAUGCAGCAGUCGGCCCGCAAAGAAAACCACUGUUGCGCCCGAUACUGGUGCGCGACCUGCUUGCUCACACAAGCGGAAUUGGAUUCGGGCCUGGCUUUGGCUACGAGGCCGAGAACGACUACGAAUCGACCUAUGUGGAGUUGGUGAGAAAGGUAGAUGCCGGGGAGAUCCAUUCUCUGGCAGAAUGGUGUGGUGAGCUGGCCAAGAUACCCUUGCGGUUUCAGCCCGGCAAAGACUGGGGAUAUGGCUACAGCUCAGAUGUGCUGGGAAGGCUCAUCGAAGUGCUCACGAAGAAGCGGCUGGAUGACUUUCUCAGGGAGGAGGUGCUGGAGCCCUUAGGGAUGGCCAGCACCUUCUUUGCAGUUCCGGAAGACCAGGCUGCAAAGCUUGCAGCACUUUACAAGAGGGAACCCUGGCAUGGGAAAGCAAAGACCGUUCGCUUCGUGACUUCGGAUGUGGGCGGCAGCGGCAUUAUGGAAGACCUGUCCAGAAACGUGCUGGCGAGGCCUGAAGUGGACAAGUCAUCCGUGCAUCCCAUGCCAACCUCUGUUUUUCUGCACGGUGGGCCGGCAUCGAAGGUCAUCCAGGGUGGCGGCUGCAUCUGUAGUGUUGCAGGUGGGCUUGUCAGCAACCUUGCCGAUUGCUCGCGGUUCUUCCAGAUGAUUGUCAACAACGGAGAGCUGGAUGGUGUGCGACUUCUCAAGGCCGGCACUGUGCAGCUGCUCGGGCGUGACUGGUUGAACGAGUUCACCACUGAGAAGCGGAGGCGUCCGCUGUGGGUUUGGAACACGCCUGGCAUUGGCUUUUCUCCACUGGGCCAAAUCGGUGUCAAGUUCAAGGGUGCCAACCGCCGAACAGUGGGGUCGCAGCUGCACACCGUGCACUGGGGUGGUGCAGGUGGAUCUGGCUACAUGCUCAACUGGCCCCAUAGAUUGGUCGUGCUGACCUACAGCGGAGUCGUCUUCGAUACCGAUACCCAGAAGACGAUGUGGCGAGCAGCCUUUGGCUCGCUGCGAAAAGGCGGCGCAAAACCGGUGGCCUCAGCCCCCCAAGAAGAGAGCAAGGACACCACGACUCCUGCCAAAAAGCGCAGCGCAGUCGCGAUUCAGAAAGGAAAGCAGGCCUGUGACGCUUCUGCCUCUGCCUUCCCCAUGACGCUGGGAGCAAGUGAGCCGAGCCAGACGCAGUCCACUCAACCCGAAGAUGUCCCAUCCAACUCGGAGGAGGUAGUACGCCUAGCGCUUUCAACCUUAGCAUCGGCACUGGCCCAGGCCAACGGCUGGCACAGCGAGCGUCUUGGUCCUGCCCUUUGCGCGGCGCUGCGCAAGGAGGGCACUACCAAAAGGCCACUGGCAGCAUGUGCCACUGGCUCACCUGCAGAGGAUGUGGUCUUGGCGCGUGUCCGUACUUUGUCCCUUUGUGCUGUGGCCUACUGGCGCGAAGUGUCGCAGGACCUGGGGCGGGCUGCCUCCAGCCUGUCGCGCUUCCUUGAGCAACAGAGGCACCUUUAUUGGAAGAGGCCUCCCUACAGAGGUGUGAAUCUCGGUGGCUGGCUGCUGCUAGAGCCCGGGCCCAGUCACGAGCUCUUCCAGACCUUUGGUCCGGAGGCCACCUGCGAGUGGCGGCUGCUUGACAAAAUGCGCAAGCAUUUGGGCACACAGAAAACCACAGAGGCGAUCCAGGCCCACCGAGCGAGUUUCGUUUCCGAAGAGGACUUCCGCAACAUCCGAUCGAUGGGUUUCAAUGCAGUGCGCAUCCCGUUCGGCUACUGGAUAGUGACUGGCCCCGCUAAGGGCGAGCUGUACGUUGGCCCAGGACUGGACUUCCUGGAUCGGGCGCUGACCUGGUGCCAGCGGUUGGGGCUCCAGGUUCUUCUGGAUCUUCAUGGGGCUCCUGGUGGUGAAAGUGGCGAGAAGCCCUGUGGACGAGAGCGCAAGGAUUGGAGAUGGGAGCACUGGCGGCUCGAUGAGUCUAUCGAGGCUCUGAGAGUCAUUGCGCGACGCUACAAAGGCCACCCUGCGGUGUCCGGCAUAGCCGUCUGCAACGAACCCAGCGAGAAGGUGCCAGCUGAUGUGCUUUGCCAAUUCUAUGACGAGGCAGUUCGAACCAUUCGAACCUUCAUGCCGCCAGAUGAAGUCAGCAUCGUGUUGCCAGUGUACAGGACAGAGCGACUAGAUGAGAUCUGGCGACUGUGGAACCGCGUCUUCGACGGCUUCGCCAGCCACGCGAACGUGGCCUUUGACCUCCACUUGUACCACUGCUUUGGCGCUUGGUGGCAACGCCAAGGGCUGGGAAGUCACCUGAGGAUGACCAAGCGCCAUCGCAAGAUUCUUCGGCGCGUGCCGGCUGUGGUUGGCGAGUGGAGCCUGGCUCUGCCCGACAGGGCACUUGCCCAGACGGACAUAGAAGAGGCGCAGGAUCAGGCUUACAAAGCCUUUGCGGCCGCACAACUGGAUGCCUACAGCCACGCAUCCCAUGGCUGGUUUUUCUGGAACUGGUGCGACUCUCCAGCCCACCAUCCAGGCUGGGAUGCCCGCACGUGCUUUCAGCGUCAUUGGUUGGCUCAGGCAGAUCUGUGCAAAAGCGGAGCGCCGCUGAUUCCUGUUGGAGGUGUUUGA